CAUUACCCUUGAAAAUUAGUGCAUCUUCGAAGACACCUUUUGUGGACGCGCUGAGGACGGUGGUUCAGGAAGUGGACUGAUGAGAAAUGUUACGGGAACAAAAGAUCGUCGGGGAAAUAGAAGGAAGACGAAUCCCAUGAACGAGCAAGCAUCCCCUUCGACCGCACAAUGAAGAGAAGAAGCUCCCACGAGUCGUUCUCAGUGCAUCGGAUAGAAAGAAUCGGCACCCGACCACCGGACAUCCCCUCACGGUGAAACUUCAACCCACGUGAUGUCAUACGAACCAUCCAGAUCACUCGAAGAUCCAAAAUUUCCUUCGACCAAGUUCGCAAGACCUCAAUUGAAAAAGAAUGGUAUUCAGCGCGAUCGUGGUCACAUCGGCGUUGAAGGGUGCCCUAGGUUUGAUGGGCACCAGUUUGUGGCUGAUCCCUCUACUCAUAGCCGGCUUAUCCUACUACCGUUACGAUCAACUAGACCCCGAAAGUCGACCUAUCGAUCGAUACCCUCUGUACGCAGAGUACGACUUCGUGGUGGUAGGUGGAGGGUCAGCAGGAGCGGUGGUCGCCAGCAGACUGUCAGAGAUACCCAACUGGAACGUGUUGUUGUUAGAAGCUGGCCCUGACGAGAACGAGAUAACCGACGUGCCAUCGUUAGCAGCGUACCUUCAGCUGACAAAAUUGGACUGGAAGUAUAAAACGGAGCCAACAGGAAGAGCUUGCUUGGGCAUGAAGGCAGGCCGUUGCAAUUGGCCUCGAGGUAAAGUGUUAGGAGGCUCCAGUGUCCUCAACUACAUGUUAUACGUACGAGGGAACAAACACGACUACGACUACUGGGAAUCCCUGGGUAAUCCUGGAUGGGGAUACGAUCAGGCGCUCUAUUACUUCAAGAAGUCCGAGGACAACCGAAACCCGUACCUCCAGAAGAGUCCCUACCACUCCACAGGUGGUUACCUAACUGUACAGGAGUCUCCCUGGAAGACACCCUUAGUAGUUGCGUUCGUGCAGGCCGGUACCGAGAUAGGUUACGAGAACAGGGACAUAAACGGAGCACGACAGACGGGCUUCAUGAUUGCUCAGGGCACAAUACGUAGGGGUAGUAGGUGCUCCACUGCGAAGGCGUUCCUCAGACCGAUUCGUCUGCGUCGAAACAUCCACACAGCCAUGAACUCGCACGUUACCAAAAUUCUGAUCGACCCGAUAACCCUGAGGGCUACGGGUGUGGAGUUCUUCAGGGACGGUCGUAGACAGAUCGUCCGUGCAAGGAAGGAGGUGAUCCUGUCGGCGGGAGCCAUUAACAGUCCCCAGAUUCUGAUGCUGUCGGGUAUAGGUCCCAAGGAACACCUGCGCCAGAUGGGAAUCCGCGUGAUCAAGGACUUGAAAGUGGGAGACAAUCUUCAGGAUCACGUUGGAAUGGGUGGUCUAACGUUUCUAAUCGAUAAGCCAGUAGCUAUUGUACAGGAUCGUUUUCAAGCUGCUCCCGUGACGAUGCACUAUGUGGCCAACGGCAGGGGACCGAUGACCACCCUGGGUGGCGUGGAAGGAUACGCCUUCGUCAACACCAAAUUCGCGAAUCUGUCUAUGGACUAUCCGGACAUCCAGCUGCACAUGGCGCCCGCGUCAAUUAACUCGGACAACGGCAUCCAGGUGAAGAAGGUGCUGGGGAUAACCGACGAGGUUUACAACACUGUGUACAGACCCAUCGCGAACAAGGACGCCUGGACCAUCAUGCCUCUUCUUCUUAGGCCCAGAUCUCGUGGGACGGUCAGGCUACGGAGUUCCAACCCGUUUCACAGUCCGGUGAUAGACGCAAACUACUUCUCUGAUCCCAACGACAUCGCCACACUGGUCGAAGGUGCCAAAAUCGCAGUCAGGGUCAGCGAGGCUAAGGUCUUCAAGCAGUUCGGUUCGAGGAUUCACAGAAUCAAGUUGCCGAAUUGCAAGCACUUGAAGUUCGCAUCGGACGCUUACUGGGAAUGCCACAUUCGACAUAUCACCAUGACGAUUUAUCACCCGGUUGGGACGGCCAAAAUGGGGCCACCGAGUGAUCCUGACGCCGUCGUGGACGCCAGGUUGAGGGUCUACGGUGUGAAAGGGCUAAGGGUGAUCGAUGCGUCGAUCAUGCCAACGAUAUGCAGCGGAAACACGAAUGCGCCGAUUAUCAUGAUCGGGGAAAAGGGUGCAGAUCUGAUCAAAAGUGACUGGCUGUCUAUAGAGACUAGCAGCUGAUAUUUUCUAGUGAAUAUCAAGGCAACAGGACAUUUUAUGCAAUUCGUUGACUUUAACACCUUAUCUUAUACAGAACAACUUAAUGAUAUGCGCUGACCUCGUUGCAUGUCGAAUACUGCGGAGGCUUAGCAGGCUUAAAGCGGCGUUUACAUUAAGCGACUUUUCUUUGAACUAAGUUUUUCUUUGAAACUAAAUGGCUUACUAAUUGUAAGACUUCGUUGUCCGAUAUUAUUAUCGUUUUGAAUAACUGGCUGGGUACAGAGAUCACGUGUGUGAUGUGCAAACAUGCGGUUCACAUAAAAGUGACGUAUCUCUGAAGAUUCUUGAAUUGGCAAUGUAAAGAAAGGUCUUCUAUGUAGCGAGUCUUCUAAGUCUAUGUCUUCUAAGUAAGCUUGCGAUAUUAAACAGGAAGUUAAAUUUGUAAAUUAGAAACAUGUUAAUU